AUGUCGCAAACACAGCAGAUGGACGCUAGCGACUCGAUAUCAAGCCAGGGCCCCAACCGCGAGGAGGGCAAGAAGACGAAGAGCAGACGACCCCCGAAUACUGCGUUCCGGCAGCAGCGACUGAAGGCGUGGCAACCCAUCUUAACCCCGAAGACCGUCCUCCCUCUGUUCUUCAUCGUUGGCAUCAUAUUUGCACCCAUCGGUGGGCUGCUGCUGUAUGCAAGCUCACUGGUCCAGGAACUGUCGAUCGACUACACCAAGUGCACCACCGAUGCCCCCGACACGGAGGCUGUAUUCAACUCGAGCAGCACAAGCACACUCAAAGAUAUCCCCUCGGGCGAUGUAUCUGCCACGUUCAAGUCGUCGAUGAAGUCGGUACCACAAUGGGGCAAGGCAUACGACGACUUCCAUUGGCCAUCUGGUAGGGUCCAGAAUACCAGCGUGUGCAUCCUCAGCUUCGAAAUUCCCAACGAUGUCCAGCCGCCCAUCCUCUUCUACUACCGCCUUACCAACUUCUACCAAAACCACCGACGAUACGUGAAGAGUGUGGACAUUGAUCAAUUGAAGGGCAAAGCUCGUACCGUGAGCGAGAUCAACGCGGGCGAUUGCGGACCCCUUGACACAAUCGACAACAAGCCCUUCUAUCCCUGCGGUCUCAUUGCUAACUCCAUGUUCAAUGAUACAUUCUCCAGCUUGAACGCGACGAAUCCUUCCCAGAACGAGAACAGCCCUAGCGUAUACAAUAUGACGAAGACUGGCAUUUCAUGGGCCCACGAGGGCGAUCUCUAUGGAAAGACAAAGUACAAGCCCUCGGAGGUUGUUCCUCCACCCAACUGGCAGGAGCAGUAUAUCAACGGAAGCUACGACUCCUUGAACGAGCUUCCGGAUCUUCACACGAUGGAGGAUUUCCAGGUCUGGAUGAGGACGGCCGGUCUGCCCACUUUUAGCAAGCUUGCCUUGCGCAAUGACAACGAUGUCUUGAGAGCAGGCACCUAUCGGCUGAAGAUCUACGACCGCUUUCCGGUCACGGCAUACAGUGGCACUAAGUCCAUCCUGAUAUCCACGCGCACCGUGAUGGGUGGCAAGAAUCCGUUCUUGGGCAUCGCAAAACUCGGCGAUCAUACUUACCUUACCUGGAACAAUGAUCAGCCUAGUACGGCAACAACUACCGGGCGGGCCGGUGGAGCAUAG